AAUCAUUCUGGGAACAGUUAACCUCAAACCCAACAGACUCUCCCUUUUUUCCUGUUCCUCCUCUUUUCCCUCCCAACCCUCCCAACUCUCAACAGGCCCUUUAAGUAGGCUCCACACCCACUCAGGAGUCACUCUGCCUUCUUACCAUGGCUCACAUCGCCAAAUCUUUCUACGACCUCAGUGCUACCAGCCUGGAAGGAGAAAAGAUAGAUUUCAACACCUUUCGGGGUCGGGCAGUACUCAUCGAGAAUGUGGCCUCGCUCUGAGGCACAACCACCCGGGACUACACCCAGCUCAACGAGUUGCAGUGCCGCUUCCCGAGGCGCCUCGUAAUACUAGGCUUCCCCUGCAACCAGUUUGGACAUCAGGAAAACUGUCAGAAUGAAGAGAUCCUGAACAGUCUCAAGUACGUCCGCCCUGGGGCUGGCUUCCAGCCCAAUUUUGUCCUAGUCCAAAAGUGUGAGGUAAAUGGGCAGAAUGAGCAUCCUGUCUUUGCCUACCUGAAGGAUAAACUCCCCUACCCUGAUGAUGACCCAUUCUCCCUCAUGACAGACCCCAAGCUCAUCAUGUGGAGUCCUGUGCGUCGCUCAGAUAUUUCCUGGAACUUUGAGAAGUUCCUAGUGGGGCCUGAGGGUGAGCCCUUUCGCCGAUACAGCCGAUCCUUCCCCACCAUCAAUAUUGAACCAGACAUCAAGCGUCUCCUCAAAGUUGCCAUAUAGAUGAGCUGCUCAGUAUACAUUCCCAUCUCCCCCUACUCCAGCCUCAGAGUUCCCUUUUCAGGGGUCUAGGAUCUCUCCCAAGGCCUGCUGGACUCAGGAGAUGCCCAAGAUCAGUACCAUCAGUUCAACAUUCCUUCCUUUCUUGUCCACCUGUUCCCUUUCAGCUCCCCAACACUCCAGUUGGUGAUGAGUCAGGACUCCAAAGUCUGGGUUGGCUCUUCACAGGGUGAUGGUAUCUUCUUAAACCCUUGGGGAAGGGAGGGUGCUUGAGAGUCGUGAAGGGCCUGAAUUCUAGUCUAUGUGAAUCCAAUAAAGGUCAGGUGUGAAAAAUG